AUGCCUCUGGUCGCACCUCAACACUUACGCCGCCUGGCCAGCUUCCCUCGAAAACGGGUGUUUCCAGCACACCUUGUUGCCGGGCGGAGAGUCGGCGGCUACAAGUACAUCUCGGUGCAAGCAACGCCGGCUACAGAUACCAGUAGGGUGGACAUUGUUGGCAGAUCAGUGUCAGCAUCAUCACCAGGUGGGAUACCUGCUCACAAUUCAGAUGCCUCAUUCGAAGUCCUUGGAAGCCCAUACUCGUUGCUGUCCGUCACACUGUCCCCUUCUCAAGACCUGUACACGCGUCGGGGCACAUUAGUCGGCUUUGCGGGAGACCCCGACGGAACUGUCUCGACUCUGCGAAUGCUCAAUCCUAUUCGUCGCGCCUUGAUUGGGAUACCCUUUCUCUACCAGAAACUCACCUCGACCUCCUCAGUCAAUGCCCUCAUAGCUACAAGGUCGCCCCUCACCACCUUCGCGAUCCUUCAACUGGACGGUAGGACUGAUUGGAAACUGGCCCAAAGAAAAGCUUUGUUAGCAUGGACUGGAAAUACGCUGUCGGUGAAGCCAACUCUGAGCACAAAGUUAUCACUUGCAUAUUGGGGAAGCUCUGAAGUGACUGGAAGGGGUCUCCUCGCCCUUGCCGGCCAAGGGCAGGUCUAUUCUAUUGAGCUUGCUGAAGGGGAGACCUAUGUCAUUCACCCUUCAAAUAUCCUAGCAUACUCGACAUCAUCGCCCUCUCCACCCCCACAACCAUACCGAUUCAAAUCCACAAACGUUCGGUUUCAAAUCCCUCUUCAGCUUGGAAAUUUCUUUCCAUCGUCGAAAUUUGUGGAGACGUUGAAGACGAGCAAUACCUACAAAAUUGUGGCAAACUCACUGCUUAGGAUUCGGACGUGGAGUCGCAGGACUAUAUGGGGUGACAGGUUGUUCCUACAAUUCCGAGGUCCUACGACCCUCCUGAUACAAAGUCGAGCCGCAAGAGUGAAUGAUGUUUUGACGGCGCAGGAAGUCAACGAAAUCGCCGAUGCUCCUGCCGGUGUUGUCAAGGAGGUGAUACGCGACUCGCCAUUGUCAAGAGACAUUAAGCCCUCCAGCAUAGCUAUAGGGGAAACCUCGUCGUCCUCGCCAGCUGUUCCGUCUCAAUCGCAGCCGAAGGUGUCAUUUGCAAGCGUCAGUCGGGAUGGCAAAGUGACUUUUGACAGAACAUAG